AUGGCGAAAGAUUUCUAUCUGUAUCAGAACAUCUCCAGCGUCAGCCCUUUUGAAGGGCCACAGUACCAUUUGGCACCAAAAUAUUUCUUUUAUCUACAGGCAGCUUUUAUGGGCUUUGUGUUCUUCUGUGGCACACCUCUCAAUGCAAUUGUUCUUUUUGUUACCAUGAAAUACAAGAAGCUCAGGCAACCACUUAACUACAUCCUUGUCAACAUCUGUAUUGGAGGCUUCAUUUUUGAUGUUUUCUCAGUCAGUCAAGUGUUCCUAGCCAGUCUACGGGGAUACUAUUUCUUAGGUCAUACUAUGUGUGCUCUGGAAUCAUCCAUGGGAACAAUAGCAGCUUUGGUUACAGCUUGGUCUCUGGCCGUCCUCGCAUUUGAGAGAUACGUGGUUAUCUGUAAACCAUUCGGAAACUUCAAAUUUGGGAACACUCAGGCACUUCUAGCGGUAGGCUUCACUUGGGUCAUUGGAGUCGGAUGUGCUAGCCCUCCAUUUUUCGGAUGGAGCAGAUACAUUCCUGAGGGUCUGGGCUGCUCCUGUGGACCAGACUGGUAUACAGUUGGCACAGAGUACAACACGGAAAGCUACACUUAUUUCCUGAUGGUCACCUGCUUUAUCGCGCCUCUAUUCUGCAUCCUCUUCUCAUAUUCACAGUUGCUGGGUGCUCUCCGGGCUGUGGCAGCGCAACAGGCUGAAUCUGCAUCAACCCAGAAGGCUGAAAGAGAGGUGACCAGGAUGAUCAUUGUGAUGGUUGGCUCCUUCUUGGUGUGCUACACCCCGUAUGCCCUCGCCGCUAUGUACUACACGUUGGACCACGAAACACCUAAGGACUACCGUCUGGUCACCAUCCCCGCGCUUUUCUCCAAGAGUUCCUCAGUAUACAACCCAUUAAUCUACUGCUUCCUGAACAAACAGUUCAAUGCCUGUAUCAUGGAGACUGUGUUCGGGAAGAAGAUUGAGGAGUCAUCAGAGGUCUCCUCCAAAACCGAGACCUCCUCUGUGGCUGCAUAA